ACAUGUCAUGUAUGAGACACAAUAUCUCACAUCGAUGUUCCCCAUGACCAAGGCCUUGGAAGAGGCUCUUCUUCAGCACUUCAUAUACCAGAAGCUGGAGAUCGCCUAUGCCGUACACAAGCCAUUUCCCUUCUUUGAAGGCCUCCUAGACAACUCCCUCAUCACCGAGAGGAUGUACAGGGAAUCUCUGGAAGCCUGCAGAAAUUUGGUCCCUGUAUCCAGAGUGGUGCACAACAUUCUCACCAAACUGGAGAAAACUUUUAAUCUGUCACUUCUGACGACAUUGUUCAGCCAAAUUAACCUGCAUGAAUAUCCCAAUCUGAAGACAAUUCUCAGAAGCUUCAGAAGAGUUGGCACUUCCUAUGGACAGUGGAGCAGAACCGCAGCCGACCCAGCAGAAGGGAGCUCCCUCCAGCCCCUGUCGCUGCUGCCCGCACCUCCACCCUCCCCACCCAGCAGUCCCCCCUGUGCGCCCGGAGUCAGUGAGCCUGGAGCAUCCUCGCAGCAAAGCAAUGAGACUCUGGGCGAACCUCCCAGCCCUUCGGACCCUGCCACUCCUCUCCCUGGACUUGUCCAGGAAAGAAGGAGCUCUGCAGUGACCAAUGACAACUUAACACCCAAAGUAAAUGAGGAAGGAGACUCACGAGAGGUGCCCCACCCUCCCGCUGGCACUGUGCAAGUGACCAAUGACAACUUAAUACCCAAAGUAAAUGAAGAAGGAGACUCCCAAGAGGUGCCCGGCCCUCCUGCUGGCCCCGUGCAAGUGCCCAGUGACAACAAGACCUCCCAAAUAAAAGAUAAAGAAGACCCUCCAGAGACGCCCCAUGCGCCCUCAGGUCAUAUGCCAGUGACAAGAGAUGAUUCUCCAGAACCAAAUGAUUCAGAAGAGCACCAGGAAGCAUCCACCGCACCUCCAAACAAGAAAGGAAGGAAAAGAAAAAGAUGUAUCUGGGCAACUCCAAAACGGAGACGUCAGAAAAAAAGCUUCCCGAGAGCCUCACCUGGGCAUGGAAUCCAAGAGAAGCUCCAGGCGGUGGAUCAGGUGACCCAAAGGAAGGACGACUCAACCUGGAACUUGGAGGUGACAAGGGCCCAAAAGGCGAGAACUGAAAACGCCCACAUGUCCAGAUCAGAGGGUCCUGUGGAUGAUCAAGUCUGUUUAGGAAAAUCUCCUGGGGAAAAGCAAAAGAAGAGGAAAAGAGAUGGCAGGUCCAGUUCAACAAGAAAACAGAAACAAAGGCUCCUGAGAGGAAAACCCAAAGAGGACACUCUGGAUUUUCUCUCCCCUGUACUUCCUGUGACCUGUGGUGAGGCGAAAGGCAUUUUAUAUAAGAAGAAAAUGGAACAGGGAUCUUCAGAGAAGUGCAUUCAAAAUGAGGAGGGAGUUUGGUUCACACCCAAAGAAUUUGAGAUAGAAGGAAAAGGAAGAAACACAAAGAACUGGAAGCGGAGCGUGCGUUGUAGAGAAAAGACCCUAGGAGAGCUGCAGAAGGAAGGACUUUUGCUCUGUUCUCCCAGAGUAAAUCUCAAGAGGGAGGUAAAUAGGUGAAUUUCUACCACAUCCCCAGUCUCCAUGUUGCAGACUCCCCAUGACUGAAGGCCUGCCUUAGACUCCCUGAGUUCCCCAGCUCUGAGUGACCUUCACAUUGGGGCAUGGUGUUUUCCCCGCACCUGCUUUAGCACAUCGUUACAUGAAUGUGCUGUCAUUAUCUUCAUAGUUAAGGUGGGAUGGGGAAGCAAAUGACUCUUUAAAAUAAAAAUCAGGACAAAAGCUGAUGAUGUCCAUGUGUCCUAGAAAAAGAUCAGGAUAUUUGGAUGACUACAAACCAAAGGUGUCAGAAAUAGAAUGCUCUAGUUUGAAAAGCAAAUAUGGUAUUGAAAUAGACAAGAACAGUAUGUGAAAGGGCAAGAAGAUCGUCCACGAUUGAACACCAAGCAUUGCUCAAUGCUCCGUGCUUUUAUUAGGAGCACCAGGAUGAAAUAGAGCCUCCCUGCAGGUGAAGGUGGCAGUCAUCCUUUGGCUGCACUAACUCCUCCUCCUCAACCCUCUUCACUUGCUUAGACACGUUCUCCAGGCAUGAGUCACACUCAUGAGCGUCCCAUUAGAUGUGAACUUCCAGCAGAGACAAUGCUGCUCCUCCCAUCUUGCGCUGGAGGCUGGCCUGACCCUUGGCUGGAUUUAUUCAAAGUUUAAGGCAGUGGUUCCUCAAUGCCAUUUAUUGUAUAAACCAUCUUUUCCAUGCUGAUUGGAAAUACCUUGGGAAUCAGGGAUGCUCGGUGUAACGUUGUAAUAACAAAAAAAUUAGGGAAGGACACAAAUUCUAUCAGUACUGUGAAAUAAACUGGUUCAUCCACAGAAUGGGGUUUUAAAAAAAAAAAGUACAUGGAUUCAUAGGUACAUACUCAUCUUGUGGUCAAAGGAAAACCAGCAGAGGGUGUUGAGGUCAGGAGAGCUUCAGGAAGCUUAUGCGGGUGAUAUAUAUGGAAGAGCCCAGUUUUGUUUAUGUGAAUAUGUAGGUCUUUGGCUGAAAAAAUACCUGAAAGGAUCGACUGUGGUUACUUGGGGAUGGGAUUACAGACACAUUUGCCUUGUGUUUUAUACAUUUGCAUACACUUAGAAUUUUUAUAAUGAUCAUUUAUUACUUUUCUAACUGGAAAAAAAAGAAAAUCUUUAAAAUCCAGAUCAUUAGAUAUCAUAGCACCCUCUAACUCUUACAUUGCCGCAUGUCAGUGCAUGAUAGCCAGCAGUGUACUUGAUCUGAGCUCUCAGUCCCACCUCCCAGGGUCCACACUGGGAUAAUGAGAAUGCAAGUUAGUCCUCACUAAUAACGGGUUAAUGCAGGCCUUUCCCUCCGCCACGUCUUCCAAUCACACCAUCAUUGUUCCGCAGCACACCCAGUCUCCACUGGGGUCUAGCUCUGUAUAUGUGUACAAUAAAGAGACCCGAUGCUGAUGCUCCAAAAA